AUGCCGUGCCGUCAUUCAAAAACUUCCUCCAAAAAAUUACAAGCUCAAUUUAAGGCUCUAAAGGCUGCUCAUAAAUCACAAGUUCAUCAAUUUAAGGUUCAAUCCUUACAAAAAGAAGUUACAACUCUGACGGAGUUUGAAAUUUUACAAUCUGAGCAAAUUCGCCAACAAGAAGAAGAAACGCAAUUCCAUAAUGAACUGUGGGCUAUCGUCCAAAAAGAAUGUUGGGAAGCCCAGAAGAAGGUUAUACAGCAAGAUAAAGAAAUCGUCGAACUAAAGAAAAAAUUAGGUCAACUAAAAAAAGACUAUGAAAUAGCUACUCUUACUUGGCACGCUCCUGUUAGUCAUUUUUUUCAAAUACCAGAGCGUUUAAUGGAAUAUAAGUCUGAUGAAGAUUUGACUGAUUCCUCCUUUUCUACUACUUCCUAUGACUAG